AUGAUGAACUCAAGAGAGGGAUGCGGGUAUACCGGUGCUGCGUCGAACUUGGACAUGAUCGAGAGCUCGUGGUUGGAAAUGCCAGCGUCCAUGCCAAGCUGGGAAAGGCCUGGACUCGCAACGUUGUCCAUCCUGUCGGCCUGUGGUCAAGUCGGAGAAAGCAGAGAAUGCCGGUGCCUGUUCCGAGAUAUGCUGCUGGAGAGCGACUCCAGACCUGACAACUAUACCUUCGUCACUAUCCUCGGCGUUUGCAAGCAGAGCCGAGAGGAUCUAAGCCAUGGAAAGCUUCUUCAUCAACUUGCCAGGGAGAGUAGCGGCAGCCUGGAUCUUCUCGUCGCGACAGCCUUGGUUCACAUGUACUCGGAAUGUGGAAGCCUCGAGGACACGGCGACUUUCGGCACGAUACAGCAGCCUGAUGUGGUGUCUUGGAAUGCGAUGAUUUCGGCCUUGUCGCACUAUGGCGAAGAGUUUUCGACUUGUUCCAGCGGAUGA